AGCAAAAAUAAAGGAAUUGGCCUCACUGUUCCAAUACUUUUGGAGGGCACUGUAUUUGCAAGUGUUGACAAUGACACUGUUUUUGUUGGAUUCCGUUUAGGUUAGUCCACCUUUGUUCGUUGUGCAGUGUCUGAUCAGAUAUUAUACCAUCCACACACUGUGUACAUCACCAUGUGGUUACUGUCAAUAAAUUGUUCUGAAUUUCUCGCAUUUGAUGUCUUUUUGUAUGGCAAUAGCAAGACUAGUACGGUGUGUGAAUUUGCUGGGUCUUGAAAAGGGUGCUUUUCAGUCCUCCACAACUAGAGGCGCAGUGCUGCAAACUUGUCUCUCGUUGCUUUGUUGCGCAUGCGUACAUUGUAUGUUUUUUUACCGGGAUUUUGCAAGGAGUGACAACGACAUCAGAAGCCAACUUGAAGUAACUAGUUGAUGUGUGAUCAGCCCUUUCGUCUAUUUCUGUAUAUUUCACAUGGAUAUAGAGGGUGGCACACACGAACCAGGAUUCGUUGGAAUCCGGUUUUGUCAGGAAUGUAACAACAUGUUGUAUCCCAAAGAAGACAAGGAAAAUCGUAUCCUACUGUACGCAUGCAGAAAUUGUGACUACCAACAAGAGGCAGACAACAGCUGUAUCUAUGUCAACAAGAUCACACACGAAGUUGAUGAGCUGACACAAAUCAUUGCAGAUGUAUCCCAGGAUCCAACACUACCACGGACAGAAGAUCACCCAUGUCCAAAGUGCGGCCACAAGGAGGCAGUGUUCUUCCAGUCCCACAGUAUGAAGGCUGAGGAUGCCAUGAGGCUGUACUACGUAUGCACUGCCCCUCACUGUGGACAUCGCUGGACAGAGUGAGGAAGAGGUUGACGACUGCCUCCGCAGGUCCUGUUGUCUGUCAAGUCAGCUUCACCUUCUUACAAGGGUUUUGAAAUGUCACUGUUUAAAACCAGAUACUGGGAAACUGUGAGGGUCAAGCUUUUUUACUUUGCCCAUGGAGUCUGUUCAAACUAUGAAAAACGUGUGGUUUGUACGUAAAUUAAAGUUAAGGGGAAAGUAAGAAGAAAGACAUUAUGGAGAAAUGGCUACAGUAGGAACUGUAUGGAUAUUGUGUUUAUAUUGAAGUAGUCUUAGUACUUUUUACUGAUAUGUACCACCUAUUUUUGUUUUUGAAAUUUAAAAUAUUAAAAGAACAAAUGUGUUCUCCACAAAAA